GCCCGAGGUAGGCACCAGCGCCUGGCGCGUGUGCGCGUGCGUGCGCACGCCUUAUUUUUGUUCAACGUUUGGAGAACCACGUUUGGUUCUCUAAAAUAUACUUAUAUACUUACACUUCAUCCUUCAAUAUUGGCUUGCUGAAGACUAGGCACACCAUUUAAUCAUUUUCUGCAACCGCUCCCUUUUCCAUCCUCCCGCAGCUCAAUUCUCCCUCGUGCUCGCUCCUUCCUCAGUCCUAACCAUCGUUGGCUUCAUUGCUCCAGUUCUCCCCCAUGCUGGACCAGUCUGCUGAUGAGCUUGCAAGAUUUUAUCAAGAUUCCUCCCUGGAACGCUGGCUCCUUGCUCAGUGCCCUGAAGUCUCUCUGCGAUGAACUGAUACAUUGGAACCAUGGUGCAAAAGAAGUUCUGCCCUCGGUUACUUGACUAUCUAGUGAUCGUAGGGGCCAGGCAUCCAAGCAGUGACAGUGUGGCUCAGACUCCUGAACUUCUGCGGAGGUACCCACUAGAGGACCACCCGGAGUUUCCCCUGCCCCCAGAUGUGGUGUUCUUCUGCCAGCCAGAGGGAUGUCUGAGCGUGCGGCAACGGCGCAUGAGCCUCCGAGAUGAUACCUCUUUUGUCUUCACCCUAACCGAUAAGGACACUGGAGUCACCCGUUAUGGCAUCUGUGUCAACUUCUACCGUUCCUUUCAAAAGCGAAUGCCAAAGGAAAAGGCGGAAGGCGGAGCAGGACCCCGUGGGAAGGAAGGAGCUCAUGCCCCCUGUGCCUCAGAAGAGGCCGCCACCGAGAGCUCAGAGAGUGGCUCAACCUUGCAGCCUCCUAGUGCUGACUCCACUCCUGACGUAAACCAGUCUCCUCGGGGCAAACGUAGGGCAAAAGCAGGCAACCGCUCCCGAAACAGUACCCUGACAUCCCUGUGUGUGCUUAGCCACUACCCUUUCUUCUCUACCUUCAGAGAGUGUCUGUAUACUCUCAAACGUCUGGUAGACUGCUGUAGUGAACGGCUCCUAGGCAAGAAACCGGGCAUCCCUCGAGGUGUACAAAGGGACACCAUGUGGCGAAUCUUUACUGGAUCACUGCUAGUGGAGGAGAAGUCCAGUGCCCUUCUGCAUGACCUUCGAGAGAUCGAGGCCUGGAUCUAUCGGUUGCUACGCUCCCCGGUGCCUGUCUCUGGGCAGAAGCGAGUGGACAUUGAGGUCCUACCCCAGGAAGUGCAGCAGGCCCUGACAUUUGCUCUUCCAGAUCCAUCCCGGUUCACCCUAGUAGAUUUCCCUCUUCACCUUCCCUUGGAACUUCUGGGUGUAGAUGCUUGUCUUCAGGUGCUAACCUGCAUCCUGUUGGAGCACAAGGUGGUGCUACAGUCUCGAGACUACAACGCACUCUCCAUGUCUGUGAUGGCGUUUGUGGCAAUGAUCUACCCCCUGGAGUACAUGUUCCCUGUCAUCCCGCUGCUUCCCACCUGCAUGGCUUCGGCAGAGCAGCUACUCUUGGCUCCAACCCCAUAUAUCAUUGGAGUCCCUGCCAGCUUCUUCCUCUAUAAGCUAGACUUCAAAAUGCCUGAUGACGUGUGGCUGGUGGAUCUGGACAGCAACAGGGUGAUUGCCCCCACCAAUGCAGAAGUGCUACCCAUCCUGCCAGAACCGGAAUCAUUAGAGCUGAAAAAACACUUAAAGCAGGCUCUAGCCAGCAUGAGUCUCAACACCCAGCCCAUUCUUAAUCUGGAGAAAUUCCAUGAGGGCCAGGAGACACCACUUCUCUUGGGAAGGUUUUCUAAUGACCUUCAGUCUACACCUUCCACUGAAUUCAACCCACUCAUUUAUGGCAAUGAUGUAGAUUCAGUCGAUGUUGCAACGAGAGUGGCCAUGGUUCGUUUCUUCAACUCUGCUAACGUGCUGCAGGGCUUUCAGAUGCACACACGUACCCUGCGACUCUUCCCCCGGCCCGUGGUUGCCUUCCAAGCUGGCUCCUUUCUGGCCUCACGCCCCCGGCAGACCCCCUUUGCUGAGAAACUGGCCAGGACUCAAGCCGUGGAGUACUUUGGAGAAUGGAUCCUGAACCCUUCUAACUAUGCCUUCCAGCGGAUUCACAACAAUACGUUUGAUCCAGCCCUCAUUGGUGACAAGCCUAAGUGGUACGCUCACCAGCUGCAGCCCAUUCACUAUCGAGUCUAUGACAGCAAUUCUCAGCUGGCUGAGGCCCUGAGUGUGCCACCGGAGCGUGAUUCUGAGUCUGACCCCACUGAUGACAGCGGCAGUGACAGCAUGGACUAUGAUGACUCAAGCUCUUCUUACUCCUCCCUGGGGGACUUCGUCAGUGAAAUGAUGAAGUGUGACAUCAAUGGCGACACUCCCAAUGUGGAUCCUCUGACGCAUGCGGCCCUGGGAGACGCCAGUGAAGUGGAGAUUGAUGAGCUGCAGCCCCAGAAGGAGGGAGAGGAGCCUGGCCCAGACAGUGAGAACUCUCAGGAGAACCUUCCCCUGCGCUCCAGCUCCAGCACCACUGCCAGCAGUAGCCCUAGCACCAUCGUCCACGGCGCCCACUCUGAACCUGCUGAUUCUACAGAGGUGGGAGAUAAGGCAGCAACAGGCAUCUCCAAGCCCCUCCCUCCUGUGCCUCCCAGCAUUUGCAAAUCUACUGUGGACAGGAGACAGACAGAGACUGGAGAGGGGUCAGUGUGCCAGCGAACCUACGACCAUCCAUAUUUUGAGCCCCAAUAUGGCUCCCCCGCUGAGGAAGAUGAUGACGAGCAGGGAGAGAGCUACACGCCCCGGUUCAGCCAACAUGCCAGUGGCAGUCGGGCUCAAAAGCUGCUGCGGCCCAACAGCUUGAAGCUGGCCAGUGACUCAGACGCAGAGUCAGACUCCCGAGCAAGCUCUCCCAACUCCACCGUCUCUAACAACAGCACCGAGGGCUUCGGGGGCAUCAUGUCUUUUGCUAGCAGCCUGUAUCGGAACCAUAGUACAAGCUUCAGCCUUUCAAACCUCACACUGCCCACCAAAGGUGCCCGAGAGAAGACUACACCAUUCCCCAGCCUGAAAGUAUUUGGGCUAAAUACUCUAAUGGAGAUUGUUACUGAAGCCGGCCCUGGGAGUGGUGAAGGAAACAGGAGGGCCUUAGUGGACCAGAAAUCAUCUGUCAUUAAACACAGCCCAACUGUGAAAAGAGAACCUCCAUCACCGCAGGGCCGGUCCAGCAAUUCUAGCGAGAACCAACAGUUCCUGAAGGAGGUGGUCCACAGUGUGCUGGAUGGCCAGGGAGUCGGCUGGCUCAACAUGAAAAAGGUGCGCCGGCUGCUGGAGAGUGAGCAGCUCCGAGUCUUUGUACUGAGCAAGCUGAGUCGUGCAGUGCAGUCAGAGGAUGAUGCCCGACAGGAUGUCAUCCAGGAUGUGGAGAUCAGUCGGAAGGUGUACAAGGGAAUGCUAGACCUCCUCAAGUGCACAGUCCUCAGCCUCGAGCAGUCCUAUGCCCAUGCUGGUCUGGGUGGCAUGGCCAGCAUCUUUGGGCUUUUGGAGAUUGCCCAGACCCAUUACUAUAGUAAAGAACCAGACAAACGCAAGAGAAGUCCAACAGAGAAUGUAAAUACCCCAGUUGGCAAGGAUCCUGGUCUGGCUGGGCGGGGGGACCCAAAGGCAAUGGCUCAGCUAAGGGUCCCUCAGCUGGGUCCUCGGGCACCAAGUGCUACAGGAAGGGGUCCUAAAGAACUGGACACCAGAAGUUUAAAGGAAGAGAAUUUUGUAGCGUCUGUGGAAUUGUGGAACAAGCACCAGGAAGUGAAAAAGCAAAAGGCUUUGGAAAAACAGAGACCAGAGGUCAUCAAGCCUGUCUUUGACCUGGGUGAGACUGAGGAGAAAAAGUCCCAGAUCAGCGCAGACAGUGGUGUGAGCCUGGCAUCUGCUUCCCAGAGGACUGAUCAAGACUCUGUCAUCGGUGUGAGUCCAGCUGUUAUGAUCCGAAGCUCAAGUCAGGAUUCUGAAGUUAGCACCGUGGUGAGUAACAGUUCAGGAGAGACCCUCGGAGCAGACAGUGACCUGAGCAGCAAUGCAGGUGAUGGGCCAGGAGGCGAAGGCAGUGCCCACUUGGCAAGUUCUCGGGCUACUCUGUCUGACAGUGAAAUUGAAACCAAUUCUGCUACAAGCACCAUCUUUGGUAAAGCCCAUAGCUUGAAGCCAAAGGAGAAGCCGGCUAGUAGUCCAGUUCGCUCUUCCGAAGAUGUAAGCCAGCGAGUCUAUCUCUAUGAGGGACUACUAGGAAGGGACAAAGGAUCCAUGUGGGACCAGUUAGAGGAUGCUGCUAUGGAGACCUUUUCUAUAAGCAAAGAGCGGUCUACUUUAUGGGACCAAAUGCAGUUCUGGGAAGAUGCGUUCCUAGAUGCUGUGAUGUUGGAAAGAGAAGGAAUGGGUAUGGACCAGGGCCCUCAGGAAAUGAUCGACAGGUACCUGUCCCUAGGAGAGCAUGACCGGAAGCGCCUGGAGGAUGAUGAAGAUCGCUUACUGGCCACACUCUUACACAACCUCAUAUCCUAUAUGCUCCUGAUGAAGGUGAACAAGAACGACAUCAGGAAGAAAGUACGGCGCCUAAUGGGAAAAUCCCACGUUGGGCUGGUGUACAGUCAACAAAUCAAUGAGGUGCUCGAUCAGCUGACCAACCUGAAUGGGCGUGAUCUCUCCAUCCGAUCCAGUGGCAGCAGGCACAUGAAGAAGCAGACGUUCGUUGUGCACGCAGGGACGGACACAAAUGGAGAUAUCUUUUUCAUGGAAGUGUGUGACGACUGUGUGGUCUUACGUAGUAACAUCGGGACAGUGUACGAGCGCUGGUGGUAUGAGAAGCUUAUCAACAUGACCUACUGUCCCAAGACCAAGGUCCUGUGCUUAUGGCGUAGAAAUGGCUCUGAGACGCAGCUCAACAAGUUCUAUACCAAGAAGUGUCGGGAGCUGUACUACUGUGUGAAGGACAGCAUGGAGCGUGCGGCUGCCCGGCAACAAAGCAUCAAACCCGGGCCUGAACUAGGUGGUGAGUUCCCUGUGCAGGACAUGAAGACUGGAGAGGGCGGCUUGCUUCAGGUCACCCUGGAAGGGAUCAAUCUCAAGUUCAUGCAUAACCAGGUUUUCAUAGAGCUGAAUCACAUUAAAAAGUGCAAUACAGUUCGAGGCGUCUUUGUCCUGGAAGAAUUUGGUAAUUACACUAUUUUGCUCUUAGGUCUGGACUCACAUGGCAGUAACUCAAACCUUGGAGCUCCAGAGGAGGGAGUAGGGCAGGGGGACAAAAGCCCUGCAGAGAGGUCAGGAGUUGACAGGGAAGGAAAGGAUCCCCGAGAAGACAACAGAAAGGAGAAAGACAGGAUAACCAGUGGUCCCCGGAGAGCAGGAAGCCUUGGACAGGUUAGAGUCUAGGGUGGUAAUAAUGUAGUCCCUCUUUCCUGUUUGGCCAGCCAGUGGUCAGAAAGUUCUGGGGCAGAGCAGACUGGUGGUCCUCAAGCUCUGUUGUCCAUGUUGCCUACCACCACCUCUCUAGCAGCCCAACAAGGUUCCACCCAGCCUCCCUGGCACCACUCUGGGUUCCACCUGGCCUCUGUUCUAGAGGAGGGGGAUGAGGCCUCACUGGCAGACUCAGCUGAGGCCAGAGAAGCCCCAUGGGCCUCAGAGGCAGAAGGGCAGGUCUAUCUGGAAGCUGGAUCCCUCCCCCAAAACAGGCUUUAAGGAAUGGUGUAGUGGGGCUCACCCUGGGGCUUUGAGUUCCUGCUGUGUUUGUGCUUCAUUCUUUUGUGCCCCUCAUCCGCUGCUAUGAAAACCUUCGUUCUCCAGCAGGUAACGUGACUUCAGCUCGUGCUGCCUUUCUCCAGGCCCCAGCCUUGGGCCCUGCAGUGGGUGGUGGGCUCUUUUCAUAACUAGUGGUCUCUCCUUCUCCCCACCCUCUUCCUUCCAACACCCCUCCCCCUUGUGCUGGCUCCCUGUUCUGAGUUCUCUCUUCACUGUGCUCCCUUCUCUCGUUUGCCGGAGAGAAACUUGGGGAACUCUUCCAACUCAGGAGAAUGAUCUGGGGCUUCUUGCUCUGUCUCUAAUUAGUUUAUUUCAUGCUAACACUGGGUUCUGGGUAUUCUACCUCCCAGGGUCAGAAGAAGGUGUGACCAACUCUCCUUCUAUCUUUUCUGCCCCCAGAGGGAUGUCAUGCCCUCCUCCCAGUCUCACGAGGCCACACUGGUGGCUGGACCUGGGAGACCCUACUCCUUCCUCUGGCCGGGGACAGACCCUGCAUGGCUGGGAUGGGUUGACUCCUAGUCUUGCAUUCUGGGCUGUGGACAUGUGUGUACUUGCCUGAUGCUCCCCGUCACCUCCACCUGGGUGCUGUACUCGCCUUUCUCUCCUGAUCAGUGUGUCUGCUCCAGAGCCCUCUGACGCUCUCCCUCACACAGGCAGGCCCAAGAGUCUCCUGCCUCACAGGAGUUGAUGUCUCCUCCAAGUCUGAUGUUGGGUUUAGUAUUCUAUUACUUCAUACUACUUUGUGACCCUCUGUGUGGGGGUUGUGGGAGGAAUGACAAUUUCUCAUGACUAGAUUUGUGGGCUCUCGUGACAAGGAUGAGUUCAUGGGCAUCUCAGCAAGGGAGGCACAGGCUAGAGACCACUCUCUUCCCUACUGCAACUCCUCAAAAACCCUGGAGAGUAGCUAUGACCAGGCGGGAGAACGGCCAGCCCUUCUACCUUGGGGCACCUAAAGAAGCAUGUAGAUCCCAACCGUCAAGUAAGGAGCCACAGCAGACUUCCGAUGUCUAUUUGAGGAGUCUGCCUGGACAACCCAAGGAGUCUGCUGGACAGGCUGAGCUCUGUUCUGUCAUAGCCUAAGCUACCCCAGCUGUUGUGAGAAGAUACAGAGGGAAGGGGAGCCUGGCGCUGCCCACUGCCGCCUGGGGGAGUAGGCCACUGUCACUCUUAGUUUUGAGCUUUCUGUUUUGUCUCUUGCCCGUCCGGUUUUAGUUCCUGAAAUUAAAGAAGUGGUGAGCCACAAGUACAAGACUCCAAUGGUGAGUAUGCGUCUCAGCCACAACAGACUGAAGCACACAGGGCUCCCUGGGAACCUUCCGACAAGAAGCGGGGACCCUCAUGGGGGACUGGUCCAGAUGCCAGUGGUUCAACUCAAGUUGAAAUACACUUUCAUCCUGGGGUACAUGUGCUGACCCCCUCUCUCAAGAGAAAGGCUUCCAAAGACUCAGCCCAGAGGCCAGUGCUAGUGCUAGGGCAGGCCUUGUACCCUAGGCUGACCCUCCACCUAUGAAGGGGCAGGAGUCUCAGUGUGGCUGAUCCAACGGGUCUUCUGUCUCCUGCAGGCCCACGAGAUCUGCUAUUCUGUGUUGUGUCUCUUCUCGUAUGUGGCCGCAGUUCGUAGCAGUGAAGAAGACCUCCGAACCCCACCUCGGCCUGUCUCUAGCUGAUAGAGAGGGGUUACACAGCUGGGCCAGCCCAGGGGUCACCCCUCACCUCUUGCUGCUCCUAAGCGCUGAAGCUGCCUCGACUGAGACAGAGACUCUGUGUGUGUGUGUGUGUGUGUGUGUGUGUUCUCUGCAAGGUGUUCUCUGCAAGCUCCUUCCUGCGGUUGAGCUGGUUUCGUUUUAUGUCUGAGUGUGUCCUUGUGUUCAUCUGUCAUGGGGCUAAGCUAGUCUCAUUACCUUCUCUUCCUACAAUAGCAGACUAGCCUACUGUCCCCUCAGGGCUCCAGAGAGUUUGUGUGUGUGCGUGCGUGUCUGUGGGGUCACUGUGAGCACUCUAUUGCCUGUCCUUGCACUGUGGUCCCGUGUCCUUGUCCUUAUCCCUUCCUGUUUAUGGGUCUUCUCUCCAUCCUCUGUGGUCUGGCACUGUGGGGCACCUGGGACAGUUCCAGUCUGGGAAGUGAGAGACACUUGGGGACAGCCUUCCUGGCUGAGGGCCCGGGAGGAGGAGGGAGGAUUCAAAGGAAGCUCAGUAAGUGGCAACCUCUUUGCUUCCUCAGCUCCUAAAUUGUGGCUGCAGCUCAUGCUGCUGCCUGUCGCACCCGUGGGGGAUCCUGAAUGACUGCGUGUGCUGGGCUGGGAUUUUUGCGGUGGUCCUCCUGGCCUGUGGCAUGAGAGGACAGAGGAGUGAGGUGAUGGUUUCCUAGACAGCACCAGCCGCUCUGCCUAAGAGCUGGAGCUAGGUGGGUCAGGGCGGGGCUGAGCCCAACACACAUGCCUGUCUGCAGGCAGAGUCUCCUGGCUUCAGUGCUAAGGACUGGACAGGGGGAGAAUGUAAAUAUUUCAGCUCCACAUUAUUUAUAGAAAAAUGUACAGCUGUGUGAUGUGAAAUAAAUGUCCUGAACUCUG